GUUCCAGUUGUUUUGCCGAGAAGGAGUUUUACUGCAUCUAAGCCCUUUCCGGUUGCCCAAUAUGGCGGUCGCUUCACUGUUACCAUGCUUCCUGGUGAUGGUAUUGGGCCAGAAAUGAUGAGCUAUGUUGAGAACAUCUUCAGGUAUGCAGGUGUGCCAGUUGACUUUGAAGAGGUUGAAAUUACCAAGAAUUCAUCUGAGGAAGAAUUUGCAAAUGCUCUUACUUGCAUAAAGAGGAAUGGUGUUGCUCUUAAGGGUAGCAUUGAAAGCAAGUACGGAGAAUCAGGAUCUUCUCGCAAUGCAGCUCUUCGAAAUGAGCUGGACCUCUUUGCCAAUGUGCUCCAUUGCAAGUCGUAUCCAGCUGUACGAUCUGUAUACCAGGAUGUGGAUAUUGUUAUUAUUCGUCAGAAUACUGAGGGGGAAUAUUCCAUGUUGGAGCAUGAAAAUGUGAAAGGUGUCAUUGAGAGUCUAAAAAUCAUCACAAGAACUGCAUCAGAACGCCUUGCUCGAUAUGCCUUUGAGUAUGCUGUAGGUCACAGCCGCAAGAAGGUCACAGCAGUACACAAGGCAAAUAUUAUGUAAGUGAAUACUGAAUAAGAAUUUU